GACCACAAAGCAACGUUGCUUGAGCGAUCUAUGCGCCCAAGUGCGAGUCUCAAGCGACUCGUCUCCUUCUUCGGCAGCGACCACUUCUCUUGCCGUACCUUUGAGCAUCUCUGGCGAGCACGCAACGAGCUUGGCGUCAGUCUACACUGUGUUGGUCCGCCUGCGCAUCUUCCGAGAGGCAACAUCGAGCCUGUAGCAACGCCCUUGGAACAGCUGGCACAAGCCCGAGAGCUGCAGUAUGAAAGCGUUCGUGCAUCAGAUUUGCCCAGCUGGAAGCCUCCAUAUGAACGCCAAGUGGACGAUGUCCUCGUCACAGCAUCUUACGGCGGCAUGAUACCUCGCGGACUGCUCGAUCGAUACGCCGAGCAUCACUGUUUGAACGUACACCCCUCGCUCUUGCCCGUCUGGAGAGGAUCUGCACCUAUAGAGCGGGCCAUUGCGACCGGCAAGCUCGACACCGGUGUCACUGUACAGACACUCAGUCCGGACGCGUUCGAUCGUGGCUUGAUUCUAGCUUCUGAAGCACAUACACUCGAAGACGGUGCGAUGUAUGCAGUCGCGCGAGAUCAGCUUGCAAACAUCGGUGGAGACUUACUUGUGCGCGUGCUGCAGCAGCUUUUUGCAGGCAAGCUUACGUCGCGAGAGCAAGACAAUCAUAAAGCUACGAUUGCGCGCAAGCUCAGACAUCAGGACUCACGUAUCGACUUUGCGUCACACUCUGCAUCUCAAAUCAUGCAGCAUCAUCGUGCUUUCUCGCAUAGACAUCCGAUAUGGACGACUUAUCUCGAUCGGAACCUGGUGCUGCUGAAGCUGGACGUUGACGCCAAUGGACACGUCGGUUCUCCGGGUUCAGCUAGAUGGGACGACGGACGUCAAUCGGUCCGGAUAGAGACGAUCCAGGGCGACUUGCUCGUUUCUGAACUUCAGCUGACAGGCGGCAAGCCUCAAGGUGCUCGAUCGUGGUGGCGCGGUCACGCGAUCAGCAGAGGACACAAGAGUCUCAUUUUUGGCACAUAGCAGUACAACAACAGAUCACUCGACGGGCGAUUCUAGACAUCAUCCUCGGAUUCUGCCUCGCCAGAAGAAAGCUCUUCGGAUUUGGCACGCUUCGUCCUCACUCCUGCGUCUUCGCCGAUGACGAGGCAAGGGGAGCUAGUCGCAGGCCAAGCCACUUUGCACUUUGGACAGAUGUGCUGUCUACCUGUUCCUCGUGUGACGCAGAACUUGUGUAGCCGCGUGGGACAGCUAGCACAUUGGUAGCCGAUGGUGACAGGAGAGAGGCAGGAAGCACACUGCCAGUCUUGCGUCUCUGCUUCGUAGCCUUCGAAGAACUUG